GAUGCAGCAUUUAAUAUGCAUCACAUGGCCGCCAUUAAUACACACACCCUCCCACCUCCACCUCCACCUCCACCCAUUUAAACCCUCGCUCAGCGCUUGGGUCGCAAUUUCUCACCUCCACCUCCACCUCCACCUCCUCUAAUGAACCCAAUUUCACAAGGCAUCCAAAUGCACUCCGCUAAAGACCAUACUAAGAAAAUGAAGGAAACAGAAGCCUUUUCCGUUUGGCAAAAUCUCGGCGCUGUCGACACCAUUUAUGAAGAAGAAUAUGAAUUUUCCUCCCCCUCCUCUUCUUCCCCCUCUCCUCCUCUCUCUCCGCCUCCUCCUCCUCCGCAUCUCCACUCUACAGUUCACCAAUGGUCUAAGGUAACUGGAUUUAAGACAGAUGUUUGUAUUCGAGUUAAUGGGAAGUGUUUCCAUCUCCACAAGGAUCCUCUGGCGUCUAAAUGCCCGUAUUUAAAGCGACAAUUGGCCACUACGUUCGACGUAACGCUCACUCCACCGCUCAAAAUUACGCCCCAAACCUUCAUUAUGGUGGCCGAUUUUUGCUACGGUGCUCCGGUUCAUAUAACGCCAUUUAACGUCGCCGCACUAAGAACCGCAGCGGAGUUGCUAGAGAUGUCGGAGACGGAAAAUAAUGCCGACGGUGACAACUUGGUGAGUGUGACCGAGAAAUACUUUCGCCGAGUUGUGGCCGUCAACCGGGACUACGCGUCGGUGGUGUUUCGGUCGUGCUUGGAGUUGCUGCCCGAGGCUGAAACGAUGGCGGUUUUGGCUAGUAGAUGUCUUGAAGCGUGGAAUUUGGAGGAUGAGGGCGAUGGCGAUGGGGAUAUUACUUGCUUUGAAGACUUUAAAUCUGUGGAGGUCGAGAAUUUUAUGGUUCUGGCUUCGUCACUCAACCGCAGGCUUAAAUGCCACGACCUAAUCUAUAAGCUCUCUCUUCUGUAUCUCCAAGGAUAUGGUGGGAAGAUCACAGAAAACCAAAAGGUACUAAUAUGCAAUUUCGUAGACUGCGAUAAGCUAUCCCCCAAGCUACUCCUACACGCAGUCCAAAACCCAGUAAUGCCGCUGAGAUUCGUGGUCCGAGCGAUGCUAAUCGAGCAGCUCAACACUCGUCACUCCAUUUUCUCUGGUGCCGCUACUGCCAGCACCAAACCCCAAAUCCCGCGUCCAAUUUCCAAGGAUCCACUCACGCUCGGCGCAAUUCUCAAGCGAGACGCGGCUGCUCGUGAGUCCGCCAAGUUGAAGGCUGCGAUGCAAGCUACAAACUCCCGCAUACGGACGCUCGAAACCCAACUGUCCACCAUGAAGAAGAAGCUCCAAGUGUCUGAUGAGAAACAGAGGAGUUUGUCUGAGGAUGCUGGCCGUGGCCGUUCCGCUAGCUUUCAUUACGGCGUGGAUAAGAGUAAUAGUAGUAAGGGCGUGGCUAGAGGCCAACGAGGGUCCAGUUCCUCCUCUGUUUUCCGGCUGAGCGCUGAUUUCAAGACGGAUUAUUAUAAGUUUGGCGUUGGGUGCAAGCCGUCAUCGGAUCGUGGGUCGUCGUCGAGUCACGAUGGGGGUCGGAAAUCGGGGAGAAGUAUCGGGCAGAGAUUGAUAAAUGGGAUUAAGAAUGUGUUUCGGGUGUCGAGUUUAGGAGAGGCGGAGAGCAAAGUUCAGAGCAGAGAUGAAGAAGAUUUGUGCGAAGAAGAUGAAGACGAUAAUGAUGAGAUUGUUGUGAUGAGAAGAAAUCAUCUUUAUGUUAAUUAGAUUCUCUCAGUUUAAUGCUUCUUAAUUAUUUUAUCGAACUCUUAUUCUUCUUGUUACCAAAUUGUAAAGGUAGGGUUGAAUGAGUAAAUUAGCUGUUAUGUGUCUAGAC